ACACUUUCAAUUUGGCAGUACAGUAUUUGUGGCAAGAUUUUAAUGCCAUCAUUUCGUUGGAGAAAAGACACAAAUAUGUUAUCUUGAAUUGUGAAGUAAGAAAGAUUUAAUUGAAAUGGCAAGUGCUUCAUCAGAAAGUGUUCCUGCCGACGAAAUCAACGAACUACUCACAUGUUGCAUGUGUUUGGAAACCCUACAGGAACCGCGAAGCUUGACUUGCUUUCAUAAUUUUUGUAAAGUGUGUUUAGGUGAGUAAUAUUUUCAUUGUUUAAAGGUCUACUUGACGCAUGCUUUGCGUGGAUACUUUACAGUUUAAUAAUUAAAUACCCGAGUAAUGCAAGUUUUAUUUUUGCGCAAUGAAUGCCUCCCUGGCGCAUUAAUUGCGCGGAAGUGAAGGCAGAACAAUUGAGAAUGAGUGACUGUAUUGUAUGCAUUAAUGCAUAGCCUGUAGGCCGUCACUUACAAUACUAAAUUCUGUUUUUGUGUAUUAAGCUUCCUCUCGACACAAAGUAGACGAAAUAUAUGCAUUAAUUCAUGAAAAAUACGCAGAAUUUGUAGGAUUUCGUUGAAAAUGCGCGGACAGAAGUCACAGAUGAAAUGUCUGCGCAGGGAACGCCUUCCCCGAUAGAAUGUUUUACACCAGCAUGGGGGCUUCUGAUGUGUUGCAAUAAAUCACAAGGUUUAAUUUAAACAGCAGUUCAAAUGCCAGUCAAAGAACUCAAAUGUUGUCAAGAAGUUCUCAUGGUUGAAGAAUUAUUAUAUGCCGACCUCGUUUUCGAGGGCUGACUUUUAAAAGUUUGAAAUGUAGUCGUUGUAUACAAGACAUGAUAAUCUGUAUUUGCCGUUGCAGCAUGUAAACAGAGCGGCAGCGAUGUCUAAAACUCCUGUGGGAUGUUAAUUGUUUAUUUUUGCACACAUCAAGACCAUCCCGGCUCGCAUCUCAUCCCCGCAAAGCAAGAUGUUAAUUGUUAAUUUCUGCUUAUUUUCUUGACUUAAUUUCAUCACAUAAAGAUAAUCAUUGUAUUAAUAUAAAAUUAUAUUAUUAGCCGUCCUUGUUGCACUUUCGUCCUGCUUGUUGAAAUUCUUCAGUAAUAACAGUACUCAGUAGUUCUUUAUGAUGUUAAAAGUUAGUGUAAUAUUUAAGGCUGUUUCUUGUCACGUUCCCAUACUAGAUUAAUUAGAGAGUUUAAGCUUUGCGUUAUACGUCAAACGGCCGAAACGCGAGGCAAAGAAAACAUUCACGGUAUUAGGCAAUAAAGAUUAAUGAACUUGCUGUUUUAAAACUGAAAUUCAUAAUUAUUCUUUCGACGCAAGAAAGAAAGUAUGAAACGAAAACGUUCAACGAAAAUUUUGCCAAGAAUUUUCGAACCUGCCGUUCUCGGAAAUGUGAACUUAAUUAUUAACCGAACGCGAGGUCUGUACAGAGAAAUAUCGAACCGAGGUCUUUUUUGUACAGACCGAGCCCGUAUGGCGAGGUUAGUGUACAAAAAGACUAAGGUCCAAUAUUUCUCUGUACAUACCAAGCAAGCGAUGUUAAUAAAAAGUUUAUUAUAUGGCAUUUAUAGGCAUUUAUAUUUGAAACAAACAAGAAAUGUAUGAUUUGAAAUGCAUAUAUAUUAGUAACGUGGUACACAUUUGGUCGAAGAAAACUAAAAAUACAAUGUAUUUCUUCUUUUCCACUAAAAACCAUUCACAGAUAUCUUAUUAAUAACAAAUUAAAUUAUAAUUUCAAUUAGUUUCGCUGUUUUGUUUUAAAAUGCAUGAGUUUGUUUGUUUAUAUGGACGGGAAAAUAAUGGACCGCUAAAAGUGCUUAUCAGCCAAUCACAGUCCGCCAUUUCACCGCAAGUGAUGCUUGCCUUAUAAUAAACCUUGCUUUGUAAUUAGUUUGCUAGUGUCGCAGUUUUAAGCCUGCCUGUGUGAUUUUCAAAACAGAAUAACGCUCGACUUGACUGUUACAUAUUCAUGUAAUUGUUCUUUUACAAUACGAUAAUCAUCAGCAAGAUUCUUCACCAAUUUUUCAGUUAUAUAUAGACAUGUGUUUCACAAAAAUAUAUCUGCCUAUCAUCAGGCAAAAUACACAUGGUUACUAUAAACAAAAUUAUUGUAUAAAAUAGAUAGAAUUGCACUUUCCAGGCUUGUAAUUUUCAAACUUUUUUUUUUGGGGGGGGGGGGAGGGCAUACAUGCCCUCAGACCGGUCAGGAAGUUUUGUAGCAAUAGCUGCAAACUUACUUUAUCUCAAAACCAGCCCACCCCACUCAUAAAAUUGCUGUGUGGGUCCUUAAUGUGCUGAUGGUACUGUACAGUACUGCCAAGAAAUAACCGCGUCCAAGACGCGGGUAUCUUGCGUCCACGGGCGCCCGCGGGUGCGUCUGCGGGCGCCGUGCGUCCGUCGUGCGUCCACUGUGCGUCUGCGGGCGCUUGCGGGUGCGUCCACUGUGCGGGCGCCAUGCGUCCGCUUUGCGUCUGCGGGCAAGGACGCAGCUGAGAAAGAGUUCUAUUCGUAGAUCGUCGGAAAUUAUCGCGUUUCGCUUUUCAUAAACAAACCGUGGGCGUCGGAAAAUAUUCAUGUUAGCGAUUUCACACCACGUUUUUAUGCUUAUACACAAGCGUUGCAGACCUAGAAUCCUAGAUAUUUAUAUUUCUAAUAUUAAACUUACCGUGAAUUUUCAGAAUUUGUGCUUCGUAAAGUUCCUUUUCGUAUUUGAUCUCUACUUUCGCACCUUCGUAUAACGUUUGGUUUAAACCCAGUAAUCUUUUAACGUUGCCGGUUGGCAAAAUGCACGUAUGGUUUUAUAUCUUCUUCGAAGAAACCCAAAAUACGUUUUGGUUGACAAGUAAGCGAUCGAUACCUCAUUUCAUUAGUCUGAUAGUAAUACGGAUCGAGUGAUAUUAGUCUGAGCUCUUCACUUCAGCUUUAGCGAAUUAUACUGCAACUUUGAAAAUCAAGCGAUGAGUCACAGUCAUUGAACCGUGUUGAAACACAAAGACUGUUUCCUGGACAUGUAAAGGUAUUCCAUUAAGGGAUUAAGAUCGAGAAGUCAUCUAUCCAGAAAUUAUAUGGGUAAUUAUCAAUUUAUAUGACAUAUCAGCUUGUGCAUUUACUGCUUUGGAAAAACAACACAAACUUGUUGCUGUAAAUAAAGUUAUAUAGUGGCUCGUAGUAAUGGUAUUUUAUAUGAAAAAUCAAAAGCACUGCUGUAUAUAUAUUGUAAAUGAGCAUCUUCGUUUUAAUCAUAUACUGACGAGUUACGGAGACAUAACAUUAUUCAAAUACAGAAUUGCAUAUCAACUAAUCGGCAAUCUUCUACGAGGUAAGUCAGAAUUUGAGUAGCAAAUGAAUGUGUUGCGAGAUAUAUACUCGUUGUAGUCGUGAUCUCACUGAGUUUAGUAUAUGUGUCUACAUUAUAUUUAUAUAUAGUUUAUGUCUAUUCACAGUUAAUAAAAUAGUCUAUUUUACGCUCCAAUAUACAGUCAUAUACGCUUCAAUCGCCACUCAAGUACGUGUGAUUGCAUUGUGAAAGCACUACGCUUACUGUAGUAUAAACGUAUAACAUUAUAAAAUGGUUAUACUAAGUGUAACGCUUAGGUUCAAUGAAACUCUAUUUUGGAUUCAACUUUUUAUUCUUUGCUUCUCCGAUCAGUGACACUGAUCUGUAUUCUCACGGCAAACUACGAGUAUGAUGCAAAUAUUAGUUCGUUUUUCCGAUUAUGUUACGACGACUGCGUCCAAGCGGACGCAGUUUUUCAGUAGAGGCCGGACGCGGGCGCUUUGGAGGCAGGACGCGGGCAGAGUAGACGCAAGACGCGGGCGUCGUGGAGGCCGGACGCGGGCGCUCUGGAGGCAGGACGCGGGCAGACGCGGGGACAAGUUAUUUCUUGGCAGUACUGUAGCUAGGGAGUAGGAAAAUUGGAAAAUUCUGUACCAUUCAGACUAGGGAUGUGCCGGAUAAUGUUUUGCUGUAUACCGGAUAAUAGUCUACCAGAAACCAGUUAGUGGAAAAUAAUAAUCAGAUACUAAUGGUGGUACUUGACUUUUUGUUCCCAUAAUACAGUAUAUAUAGUUCAUCGUUCAAACAGUUACGCCCGUAUUCUAAAAGCUCACUCACACUCAAUGAGUGGAGGUUCAAUGUGAGCUUCUCUUGAGUGUCAAUGCUGUGUUUGAAUAGGUGGAGGGUGAGUAGUCACAUAGUAAGGUACGACACGAACCCUCCAGCUAUUCAAAAACAGCAUUGACACUCAAGAGAAGCUCAGAUUGAAUCUCCACUCAUUGAGUGUGAGUGUGAGUGAGCUUUUAGAAUACGGGCGUAAGUAUCAAUAUGUGUGACACAGGGUCUGCAGGUACUGUAAUCUAGAAGAGAGAGAGCAGUUUACUGUACAUCUCGAAGACAUUUUUGCAUGUUUCACAUGCAGUAAUUGUUCGACCUGUUCUAUACAAUGUCUUAACACACAAAAACAUUUUUUUGGUUUCGAUUAAUAAAACGUCCAGUAUUACCCGCCCAAAUUUUGCCUGAUAUACUGCUGUAUGUCUAUUUUUGACCGGACACCAUUAUCCGGAUCCGCGACUUCCCUAAUUCUGAGCUUACCUUAAUUAAAGUUACUCAACAAUUGACCUGUCUUUGUUAUAAUUAUUGCAUUUAAUGUAUUCUUAAACAUAUUUAUUCAUGCUUUAAGACUAAGUGUAUUCUAUGUCUGUGCAUGCAUUGUUUAGGAAAGUAUGUUGAACGUCUUCGUGGUGCUGAAAAGAAGAUCGAGACAUUUCCAUGUCCCACAUGUCGCUCAGAGUUUACUCUCAAAUCAAACCAAGAUGUUGCUGAACUGCCAAGCAGUUAUUUCAUCAAGAAUAUGCUGGAAAUUAUGGCGAUUCAACAAAAAGCAAAAACAUCUACUGCAUGUUCCCACUGCCAAGAUCCUGCCAUUAAUCACUGCGCAUCAUGUGAAAAGUUUAUGUGUAAGAAAUGUUCAGAGUCUCACAAUGUUUGGUUGAAAAAUCAUAAUGUAAUAUCUGUACAAGAGCUAGGCAAUCCUGAAAGUCAAGUAAAAAUGAGAAGCAAGCUUUAUUGCAUGAAACAUGAGGACAAAAUACUUGAAUUUUAUUGCGAAACAUGCAAGGAACUUUGCUGUAUACAUUGCUUGGUUUUAAAUCAUCAAAAACAAAACCAUUCGUGUGUGGCAGUGAGUGAACUCACACAGAAGCAAAGAGAAACAUUGCAAUCAAGCUGCGCAACACUUGAUGAGAAAUUAGCUGAGGGGAAAAAAGCAUUAAACAACGUUUGUGAGGUGAUGAAGUCUCUUAAAAGAAAUGCUAAAACUGCUAAAGAUCGAAUCAAAGAACAAAAGGAAAAUAUCUUGAAGAUUGUGGCAGAAAAACUUGACGAGAGAGCAAAGAAAAUGAAUGAUGACGUGGACCAAGUUUAUGGUGAAUUACACAGUGAACUGAGCAAACAACAUGAUGAAAUGAAAGAUUAUCUUGAUAAAGUCCAAGUUUCAGUGUCAUUGCCAAAAAAUCUCCUAAAGAGAGGAAGUAUCGAAGAAAUUAUCUCAUCGCAGAAAUUGAUUGAUGAGAAAAUUGAGAAGUUGAGCAAUCAACAACCAGAGAAUCUGGCCGCAGUGAAUGAUGGUAGUAUUCACUAUGUACCGGACGACAUUGGUAAUAUCAAUGUUGAUGAAAUUGUUGAUAAGUUGGGACAUGUGGAAGGUAUGCGCAAUUUACGGUAUAUUACCGUCAGUACAGGUUCAGAUUUGAUUUCCACUACCACUAAUGGACGAUUAACUAAUCAGAUGUGUUUGAUAUAUUCAAUCGGAUACGCACUAAGACAGUGAAAAGCAGUGUUGUAGCGGUAGUGGAAGUCAAAUCUGAACUUCUAUAUAUAAUAUUAUCGUCAGUGCAUAUUUUCCUUUACAGAAUAGGAAUGUUAAGGAUACACAAGAAUUCGUUUCCGCCAGGAAUUUUUAUUUUUUUAUGUCGAUUUUUAAGCUGGAUCUACGUACAGACCUUGCACGUUUCCAGCCAUUACCGUGAAAUUCUCGCAUUUUUGGUUGCUAUCACGCGUGAAGUGACUAAUUUCUUACCGCAUUUUUAAACUUAACUUGUCGAGGUUUCUUCCUCCCAUUUCUUUUCAUUAAUUGCACAAUGUUCAAAUGUUCAAUGCAUUCUUUUUGCCCACGCCAGUACCCAGAAGUCUUGAGAAUGUGUGUAUCAAUCGCAUAUCAAAAAGAGACAAAAAGCUGGGAGACUACUCAGCCUGAGGAGCGCUAUUUUUGCCAUUUGGGAAGAAGCGACGCUAACAUUUCAUAUUUUUAUAGCAUGAACACAUUAGGUUUUUUCUUCGAAAAAGGCGGAAGAAAAACCUCGGAAAGGCAAUUUUCUGGCGAACUAAAAUUUCCCCCAGGGCGCGCUAACCAUGGUGGCACCCCAUGGACACUAACCUAAGGAAAUUACCUUCCCGCAUAAAAUUUUUCAAAACUUGACAGGUCUGGAUCUAACUUAAAAAUGGUAGGAACUGUGCAGCUAAUUAAAUUUAGGUAUUUACUCUUACUUGCCCAACAUUUGCUCGCUAGGAGUAAGAUCCUCUGGCGUUACACAGACCAAGGGAUUGUUUCAAUAUUCUGUACAUAUGAUCGCAGCAUUAGUGUAAAAAUAAAUGAAAAUGAAGAAAGGGCGCUAGAAGGUGAAUUGUGACAUAGCGGAUUGACAAUUACGCAUUGGCAAAUAGUCUUGUUAACUUCCCAGAGCCCAAAACUUUCUUUAUACGAGUAAAAUCGACGUAAAUAUUUGAAUUUCAGCAGCGUCAUUCCUGACGAUGUCUGCAAGUUAGUCGAAACGUAGAAUAAAAAGGUUAAUUGUUUUAGAGCUGCCUAUGGCUGUGUAUGAUAUUAAAAUGUUGUUUAUUCUAGUUUUAUUCCUAAUUUGUGGAAACCGCUUUUUAUAUUACAUUAAAUUUAGUUGCUUUUUCAUAACAAAUAUCUGCUAUUACAUAACAAACACCUGCUAUCCAGGAUUACAUAACAGAUAUCUUGUAAAGAUCUUUUGUGGCUUUCGUAAAAUUCGUUGUUUACUGUAGGUGAUGUUUCUGCAAUGUACAAUCUAAAAAAGUCAUCCAGUAUUUUGAAAGGAGAGAUUGCCUUCAUCAAGCAACUACAGAAAUGGUUGGGAGAGAAGUGUAAAUGGAAUCUUUGUUACAGAGCUUCCAGAGAUGGUUGGAGUGCCCCAGAUUUUCACAAACAUUGUGACAAUAAAGGACCGACAGUGGUUUUGGUGAAAGCCAAUGAUUGUAUUUUUGGAGGAUACACUGACCAAGACUGGGAUUCAGGUAUGUAA